UGAACGGAGCGUGGCCCUGACAGAGAACUCUGCAGCAGGCUCUGUGUGAAUGUUUCUGGCCAGGCCCCAGUUGCUAUGGACACCAUAUUUUCUGUCAUUCUCUACUAGCUCCCCCUACAAUUACCAUGGACACCAAGGGACGCAUUUCUCUACAGCAGUCUCAGUCAGAUCACUAACAUCUCUAGGAUUCCUGAAGCACAACCUCCAAAAUACAAGAUCACUUUCCUAUUCUGGAGCUCAGUUGAGGUGGACACACAGCUGUUAGUGUACACAUCAGCGUGUGGUUGGAGACUGAGCCAAUAAUGGAGAAAGACUGGGACAGAUAUAAGUCAAUUGUCAAUGGGCAUCACAUGAGGGACAUGCAGCACAAAAUGGCUUCAGAAUAUCAGUCUCAUUUACACCAGCAACAAUGUGUAAGAGAGCAGGCUGAGUGUGUAAGAGAGAGACAAGUUGGAAACCAAAGCAUCCCACAUCCUCUCUCCACUUUUUACUCCAGCCGUAGUUACAGUAAGCCAUGGCAGAAUGGGAUGACCACAAAGACGCAGAUUCCAGUGGAAACAGGACAUGAGAGUGGACAAAACAAGGAAUGGCAUUACAGCAGCACUGUGUCCAAGCUACCUGCUAUAAAGGACAAAAAGCCUAUAAGGAAGAAGACUGCAUCCUGUACUCGUAUAAUGCAUCAACCACAGACAUCAAUAACAGUUUCUCAGCCAAGCAUCGCGGUGGAAAAGAAAAGAGUACAUGUACGCCAGCUUUCUGCCAGGCUGGGUGGUACAUAUGGAGGAGAAACCUCAGGACGAGGCAAUGUGUUACAGACGCAAUCUAAGCCUAAGAAACCAAAGGGACUAUUUGAACAACAGAGACAAAUAUUUCAGGAAAAAGAGACAACACAAAGACAUCACAAUGGCAUGAGUUCAACUAACCAUGAUCGAAUUCUCACACCAGUAUCAGCUACAUCAUAUGAGUUAAGGAAACAAACUCAGUGCAUCUCAAGACCCGCAAGUUCUAGAAUAGCUCCUUUACAAAGAGGUGAAGAUGUGUUCAAUGGACAACCAGUGAGAAAUAUCGUAGAUGCUACAGAAAGUGAUGGCGUGAAUACUGCGGAUGCUGUUUAUGAAGUGUCUGUUUCUGAUAAUGCAAGACAGUUGCCACUGAUUGUGAGAACCCCAUCUUAUAAUAUACCGGCCAAUCAACCUCACACUGUGGAAACCAACUUUAUAGAUUCAUAUGAGGAUCAGGUCCAUGACAGUGAGAAUGAGGAACAUCCAAGCAGUCACAGGCAGAUCCAGGAAGUCAACACAGAUACUUUGGGUUCUACAUUAAAUGGGCUUGACACUGCUAUAAGAAACAACUCUUCUUUUGGAAGACCUGAUCCAGCGCCACUCCUAGCAUCUCAUACACUACCCCAAAUGCAUGGUCUUAAUGAAAAUAACAUUAAUGUGCAGAGCCAAGAAUAUUCUACAGUUCCCCAAACAGCUUCUAGAGCUUUAGUUGGCAGAGAGAGGGCUAUACCUAGUAGUGAGCCCUCUGUGGCGUAUGUACCUCCUUUAAGGCUCAGUUUGUCUUCCACAGCACCCACAAUUUUGCGUGAGAACUUGGAUCUAGUUUUCCACACCCUCUCCAUGCAAAGGCAGUCUGCCAACAGAAAUAUGGAAAAUAUUGUAUCCACAGCACAGAACAAAGAACCAUCUAAACAAACAGAUCCAGAGAAGUUGAAGAAGCUGCAGGAAAGGGAAGUAUUUUCUUUGUCUUUAUUAGAGGAAGACUCUGAAGAGGAAGGAGAUCUGUGCAGAAUCUGCCUCAUGGGAGGGGAAACCACAGAAAACCAUCUAAUAGCACCUUGUCAGUGCACAGGAAGCUUGGAAUAUGUUCACACAGAGUGCAUGAAGAAAUGGCUAAUGGCCAAAAUUAAAUCAGGAGCUGAGCUGAGCGUAGUGAGAACAUGUGAGAUGUGCAAACAGAGGGUGGAGUGUGAUAUUGAAGGAUUCAAUCUUGAUGAGCAAUACAGAAAACAUCAGCAGACGAAGGCCACACUUAAUCCCAGUCUCUACCUGGUGUUGCUGCUUCAUUUAUAUCAGCAGAGAUACGAGGAACUGUUGCGAUUGUCAAACACUCGAGAACGGGUAUCUGAGAUUUCAAGACAUUUUUCACAUCUGAGCUCAGGAAGUAAUGAAGAUACAAGAGAUAACGAUCAGGAUUUCUAAUACCUAUUUAAAUCAACAAAGUGUCUACCAUCUGAGGCUGCACCCUGCACGUCUCUGUUGCCCAGGAGCCUCAGCUAGUUCCUUCUUCAGACAUCUACCUGGUCCUGUGUGCUGCAUACUGUCUCCCACAUGAAAAGGAAAGAUUAUUUGUCUUUUCCCAAACAAAACAUGAGUAAUCUCUAGCCCUGUUUCCAGUUCUAAUAACUAAAAGUGAUGCAAAGCAAGACUGUGCGGAUUCACAUGAACGUAAAAUUGCUAAAAGUAUCCAAUAUCUGUUAAGCCAAAUAGAUCAAAUAGAUGUGUAUAACUGAUGUAGGCAACUUGCUCCUGUAUAACUACAUGAUCCAGCAUUGUAGUGCCACUGGUAGCCGACAAUGAUAUCUAAUGGACCUGCCUGAAAAUAGUUUUGAGUGCAGUUUUAAACUCCUCUGUAGCAGGGCCGAAACUAGGAUUUUUGUCACCCGGGGCAAGGUAGUCAUUUGACACCCCCCCCC